AAUCAACUAUGGGGGAAGGGUGCUCCCUAGCAACCAUCCACUGGUCCCCCCCAGUCCACUUUGAGCAGCUCCACUUUGCACUCCUGGGCUUCGGCACCCCCUGGAGAGGUUCCUGUGCUUUCUGAUGUUAUGAAAGUCAUAGAGGAGGGCGGCUUGUGAGAGACACGCGCUGGGCUGCAGCCAGACCCACCACUCCUCCUUGACCGAGGUCUUUUGGGACCUUUCUCCCAGGUCAGAACUGACAGACCGAGCUUGGAAUUACCUGCCUUAGAGCAAGAGGCGAUGGAACUGGGUCAUCGAGCAGGUGCAACUUCUUUGACCAGGAGCCCCCUGGGCAGCAUGAAAGGGGGGCCCCAAGACGGCAACAUCUCCAAGUUCAAGCACCAGACCCCGCCCGCCUCGAGCUCCGGAGGCAGCUCCCUAGGACAGGAGGUAGCCCGGCCUCCACCCCCAAGCCCUGCCAGCAGGGAUUCUCUGGGGGUGGGCCCAGGACAAGGGGCUCUGAAGAAGGGGGGCUCCAGACUGUCCUCGAGGGGGAGCUGCGUUUCCCUCCAGGAGGGGCCUUGGCAGGGCAAAAGCCUCGACGCGAAGACCCAGGAGCUGAGAGUUUCGUCUCCCAGCCAGAAGGACAACAUCAUCCCUGACAACAUUCGCCACAAAUUCGGGAGCAAAGUGGUGGACCAGCUGGUCUCCGAGGAGCAGGCUCAAAGCGCCAUCAGUGAAGCUUUGGAGGGCCAGAAGAAGAGAAGCUCAUGGUCCAGUGAAACCCAGAGUCCUGUGAAAAGCUCCUCCAUCUUUUCCGACUACUAUGAUCUGGGUUACAACAUGCGAUCAAACUUAUUUCAAGGGCCACCCGAAGAGACCAAGAGCCUUAUGAAAGCUUCCUACACGCCAGAGGUGCUGGAGAAAUCGGUGCGGGACUUGGAACACUGGCAUGGCAGGAAGACAGAUGACCUGGGACGGUGGCACCAGAAAAAUGCCAUGAACAUGAAUUUGCAGAAAGCUCUCGAGGAGAAAUAUGGAGAAAAGAGCAAAUCCAGGGCCUCAAAGUACUAGGUACGGCACGGAAGAGGCACCCUCUGCUCACAGAAAGUGCUCACAAUAAAGAAAGAGAGCAUAAAUCGGA